AUGGCUGCGCUCUCUCAGCACCUGAGGAUCCUGCUCUGGAAGAACUGGCUGAGUGUCAAGAGGCAGCCGGUAUGGUCGUUUGUUUUAAUUUCCUGGCCUGUGGUUGUUUUCAUAAUCUUGGCCAUUAUCCGUCUCAAAUUCCCUCCAGAACCACAGCAAAACUGUUAUCUUGCACCCCGAAACCUUCCUAGUGCAGGCUUCUUCCCAUUCUUGCAAACCGUGCUGUGUGAUUCAGAUGCCAGGUGUAAAGGCACACCAUACACACCAGAAGAUUUGCUGCCAAGACUUAGUGACAUCUCAUCUCUCAGACUUAAGAGGAGGAGCUCAUCCAGUGUAUCCAAGGACAACCAUCCAUCAGCAUGGAGUGCAGAGGUUCCUAAAAGCAGGAACGCUUCGCUGGCAUUUGAGGAUUUGGGAUCUCAUGGAGAAAAAACCUUUGGGAAUAUUUCAUCACCAUCCAACUUGACUUCCAGCAUCAACACGUUCAACAAAAUCCUCAGUUUUGGGAAGAGCCAGACCCAACAUUCAACUGCAGCCACUCUCAAAGUCCUGCUGUGUGAGGUCUUGUCGCGGUAUGUGGCACGUCCCGGUGUCACUGGAGAGAGGAUGGCGGCCAACAUCCACCACACCUUCUGCUUCACUGACUCGUCACUUUUGGAGUCGUUUGCCCAGGAGUUCAGGAGUCAGCUCUCUCAGGUGCAGCACAACCCACAGUACCAGGAGACAUUUGUCAGUGAAAUGGUCUCGUUUCUGACACUCAUCUCCCAAGUGCAGAAUGACACCUCCCUGUGGCAUCUCCUUUUGCUGGCCCCAGAUGUGUUGCAGGACAACAUGCAACUGCGAGACAUAAUUGGUUUCCUUCAGAAUCCAAGCAGUGUUGUGCUGGCAGCUCAGAAUGUCUCUGCAUCGCUUUUGACUGAUGAUAGAUCCAAAACUGUUCAGAAUGGGGUUACAGAUCUUCCAUAUUCAGUGAACUGCUUGGAGCAAGAUAAAGAAAAAAGUUUGGUGACCAGAUACAUUUGUAAUUCCUUUGUUAACUGGAAAGACAAGCAGACUUUAGUGUCUGAAUUGGAGGAAGUUCUAAGAAAAAUAAAGUCACCAGAGAUUGGUAGAAAGGACUCCAAGAGGUCCAUUAAUUCAGAUGAUUUAGAAGCCAUACAAAAGCAUCUACAUCGUUUAAAAGGCUUUGAGGAAAAAAUGAAUAGAAGUGAAUUAAAAACCUUAAAUCUAUUCAGAAAUUUGAAGAAUGAAACAUUACAGAAAUUGUAUGCAUUUCUUGAACUGGGAAUGAAUCCACAUCAUGAUUAUAAAUUAAAGGAACCAUAUAAUAAGGAAAUAAUUGAUGAAAUCUAUAACUUCACGUCAUUGCAAUUACUGAGUGACUUUAACGGGACUUCCAUCUUUGAUAUAAUGACCCAGUGGAAAGAAAUUCAGAGCGCUUUAAAAUUAGCUACAAUUAUUUGGAAUCCAGAUUUGUUAAACAAUUCUAAUUUUAGUACAUUACAAACUAAGGAUGCUCUCAAAAUGUUGCUCUCCACAAGCAUGCCAUCACUUCUAGAAGACUUCAGAGACCGUUUAAACGGAAUGCAAGAAAUACCAUCUUUGUUUUUGGAUGAUCUGCUGAAGCCUGUGUCCUACAAGAACUUUCCAGAGCAGCUCCAAGCUCUGCAGAGGAUGUUUUUUGUAAUGACAGGCACGAACGUGGGUUAUCAGUACCUACUGCUGCCUGUGUUUGAGGUGAUGCGGGAAGUGGAGCGCUCCGUGGGGGAAGCCUGGUGGGAUGAGCUGAAUGUCUACUGGCGCCUCGGGGAGAAACUGAGGUCGAUGAAGUGGAACAACACAGGCAUCAUCGCCUACGGGCAGUUCUUAGAGGUAUUAAAGAGCCAUUUACAAAAGCUGAAUAAUAAUUCAAGUGGUGUCUUCAGUGAACAGUUGGAUCAGCUGUCAGAAUUUAUAACAGCCGUGUUUAAAGAGUUUGGGGAAAGCUCUGGAGUAGCCAAUAUCUCACUAGUCACCCAAGCCAUCCAAAAGACCUUGUACAUAUUAAAAGACUUACAGCUGAAUUAUAAUGUCACUAAAUUAAAAUCUAUAGAUCUUUUCUUUAAUUUUGACAAUAAAACCUUCAAGAGCUUGUCUGAACUUCUGAGGACAGGAAUGAAAAUCCUUCAUUAUACAAGGGACAGUGAAGCUUCCAGGGCAGAAAUAAUUAACCCUGUCUAUAACUUAACACGUCUUCUACUGCAGGAGUCCAGCCAGUCUUCCCUACAGCCUAAUACUUCCCUGGAGGCAAAAAUUUGGGAUGAUCAUUAUCUGCUGAUCUCUUCUUUGUCUAAGCUAAUGCAGAUACUCCUUGAUUUCCCUCAUUUAAGGCAGAGAAAUGAACUGCAGGCUUUCUGGCAAAUUGCUGAAAGUCUCCAGUCUGUCAACUGGAAUAGUACAGACAAUCUCACUCCCCAGUCAUUUUUGGACAUGCUGCAAAAUCAGUUAAAUACUGUGGAAAAGUACUCCAGUUUUCCCUUUGGUGAGGAACUGAAGGAGCUGCUAAACUUUGCAUCCUCCAUGCUUGAGCUGUAUGGGGAAGAGCACUCCAGAGGAACCAACAUCUCCAUGUACUUGCAGGCCAUGCAAAGGAGUAUCUCAAUUUUAAAAGGUUUGCAGAAAAGGUAUAAUAUCAGUGAGCUUGAAAUUAUCAUCCUAUUAUUUGAUACUUACAGUAACUAUACCCAGAGACUGAUUGAAAUUGGGAGAGCAGGGCUGAAAGUUCUGCAUGACACCAACUCAAACAAAACAUUUGCAGAAAAAAUGGACAUUGUCUAUGAUUUCUCACACUUGCUGUUGCAGGAGUUCAGCCAGUCUUCCCUACAGCCCAGUGCUUCUCUAGAGGCAAAAAUUUGGGAGUUCUUGCAUUCAGCCUUGAGUCCUUUCCUUGAGAACAGCAACAAUGGUGACAGGACCCUCCAGAACUGCUCUUUUGAAAACGUGCUCCACAUAGCACUUGAGAUGCUGUUUGAAAAUGCCACUCUAAGGGAGUCCUUAGCCAGGAGCCCCUGCAAGGCCCUCUUUGAUUCCAUGGGCAUGGAGGGUGGAACAGUGCACAAUGACAGCUUUGCCAAAGUGUUCCAGCUUGCCAUAAGAAACCUGAAACUGUCUCCAGAGUUUUCUGCUCUCUACAAGAGCAGCAGUGAACGCUUCUCCAAGGAGCUGUCGUGCAUCACCCAAUCUCUGCAUUUUUCUCUGAGUUUCCUUUCCAAAUUAAACCUUGUGUCUGAGCUGGAAAACUCUUGGGUGCAGGAGAAGGCGAAAGCUCUGACUGCUGUCACGGAGGGGCUGCUGCAGAGUAAUGUCUCCUGCCCCAUCCCAGUCCAAGAUGUGCUCCCAUCUCAGCUUUUGAGCCUGCUGAUUCCUGCCAUGCUGAGUGAAACAGUACUGGACUCCCUAAAUUUCCCUGACACCGUAGCAAGCUGGAAUAACCUGUCCAUGCUCUUCAGUGUGGCACAGGAUGAGCUCCACAUGAACAACCUGCUGCAGAGACUGCACGGCGCCUUCAGCCUUCCCAAAUGGAGUUAUUACACAAGUGUCUGGGAUGUGGUUGACAGGUUCCUCAACACCAAAUGGAAUCUAACUGAAGGAGCUGCCUUUGGAAAGUUGUUGAGAGCAGUGGCAAACAACUCUGCCAACGAGAUGUCAGCUCAGGAAAUCACAGAAGCCAGCCUCUACAUUCUCAAGGGGCUGAACUUCUCUGAUCUGCUAAAUGAAUUCAAUAUAAGUUCUGGCUCAGCUUUUCGCUCCAACAAAACUAGUUUUGACAGUGUGAUUGAUAUCAUCUCUCAUCACUUCGUAGUUGUGGCAGAAACCCUCUACAACAAGACCCUGCCUUGGUCUCAGAGUGACCACACUCUGUCACCAACCAGUUUGAUCGCACGAUUUCUGUUUUUGGAAUUUGAAAACACACUCUUGCAGGUGACAAUGAAUAACAGCUGUAACCCUUACCUGAAGUGUUUAAUAAAUGCUGCUGAAGCUGAGGACAGAGAAUUGACAGAAAACAUCACCCUGCUUUUGAAGCAAACUCAUCUGAAAAAGAACUCUUUUAUGCAAAAUAAUACCUCUGAGAAACAUUCAUCCAUACCAGAGCUCCUGAAGCUAAAAAUCUCUCGCCUGCGGGAUCUGACAACCCUUCUGUGUGACUACGAGAGCUUUAAGUCAGUCCAGCAGCUCUGCCACCUCCCCGAGGUUGGCUUUGGAGAGCUGUGUGAGCAAGGCCAAUCCCACGAGCAGCUCCUCCGCGCUGUGGAGCUGAGCAGUCACGUGGUGACCGAUGUCCUGAAUCACAGGAGAAUCUCCCAAGAGCUUCAGAAUGUACUCAUUGGGGAUGCCACGAACAUCCAGACACAGCUGAAUUGGCUUCAAGAAAAUGUACCAGAAAUUGCUUUCUUUCAAGAGAUUCCUCAAUAUAUGGCGACUUUGAAUUCCAUGUUUAACAUCACUGAGAGUUUAACAAACUCUAGCAAGCAAGAAAAGUUAAGAGAUGUGUUUAAAAAUGUGGACCAGCUCAAGGAGGAUCUCAAAAACGCAACAGGAAUGUCUGCAGCCAGUAUUGAUGCUCUUCUGGAAACACCUCUCCCAGAAAACAGCAGUCAGCUCAUUUCUCAGCUCCUACAGCUGGAGUCCUGUAGUGUCGGUCCCGCUGACCCGCAGCUGCGAACGGUGGCAGAGGAGUUGUGCAAACUCUCUCUCUCAGAGAGGACUCGUGGGACCUACAUCCUGGGGGUCACGCUGUUACGACACUUAGACGUUUACAAUUUCUUGUACAAGAUGUUUUUCCCUAAGGAACUUCAGCAACCCAUGGACAAGAUGUUAGGCCUUCUGACAAAAAUGAAAUACUUCAGACACCAGGUUGAAUCUGGUGUUGAUCCAUUGCUACAAGCUAUUCAUUCCCUGAAAAAGCUCCGGCAGUCUAGGAAAAUGCCACUGACUAAGGCGUUAUUUAAACCAGCCACAUUUAGGAUAACACGUGGCUCAUUUAAGUCCAUGUCAAAAGUUCUCUGCAACCAGGAGAUCACACCCCUGUUCUUUGAGUCCUUGCUUCCAGAUUUUGGAGACCCCACAAACAACAGUUCUUACACGGAGGAUGUCUAUGUCCAAAAGCUGAUGAGGAAAUAUGGGAUUCCUCAAGACUCCACACCAUUUUGCUUAUCCUUUUACCUGGACCUGGUCAAGACCCCGACUGGAGCUUUAAUUUGGUCUUUUUUAAAACCAAUGGUGCUUGGGAAGAUCCUUUUUACACCAGAUACCCCAGCAACUCGAGCAAUCAUGAGGAAGUCUAAUGCAACCCUGGAGCAGAUGGCUGAUCUAGCCCUGAAGUCCCAAGAGUGGCUGGACAAGUCUCCUAUCAUCAUUAAUUCCCUGGCUAAGUUAAACCAGACAGUUCCAAUGAUCAAGAACGCUCUGCAGAAUCCCUUCGUGCAGGUUUUUAUCAAGAUGAUGGUGGAUUUGGAUGCAGCUGAACUGCUGAGUCAGAUAAAUGAACUGGAUGAUAUUCGGCUGGAAUUACAGAACAACACUGACAUUGUUGAUCAGCUGAACACUCUUGCUACCCUUGCUGUAAACGUGUCCUCCUGCGUUUCGUUUAAUCGUGUGCAGGCAGUCAAGGACUUAGAGGAAAUGGAAAGGGUGGCUAAGGAGCUCUUUCUGAAGAACGAGCUAUUUGCAAGUAUCAUUUUCAGGCUGCCUUCAAGCCACAGCAGCCCUGGAUCCUCAAUUUCUGGGGCCUUGACUCUCCCUCCUGUGCUCAACUACACGAUCCGAAUGAGCAGCAGGAUCACACAGACCACCAACAGGAUACGGGAGCGCAUCUGGACCGUGGGCCCACACAAUUCCACCUCCCAGAGCCAGAUCUACAGCCGGGCCUUUAUUUAUAUCCAGGACAGCAUUGAAAGGGCCAUGAUUGAAUUACAGACUGGCAAGAAACCAGAGGAGAUAGCUGUUCAAGUCCAGGCCAUGCCUUACCCCUGCUACAACAAGGAUAUGUUCUUAACCAGUGUGACCUACUCUCUUCCAUUUGCUCUGAUGGCUGCCUGGGUGCUGUUUAUAGCUGAUUUUGUUAAAACACUUGUUCAAGAGAAAGAUCUGAGGCUUUAUGAGUACAUGAAGAUGAUGGGCGUUAAUGCCAGCAGCCAUUUCAUCGCCUGGUUCGUGGAGUGUGCCAUCUUCCUUCUGAUCACUGUCACCUUCCUCAUUAUUGUUCUAAAAGUGGGUGACAUCCUACCCAAAACAAACACAACACUCCUGUUCCUGUACCUCAUGGACUACAGCCUGUCCAUCAUAGCCAUGAGCUACUUCAUCAGUGUUUUCUUCAACAACACCAACAUAGCAGCCUUGGUGGGCAGCCUCGUGUACAUCCUCACCUUCUUUCCCUUCAUCGUGCUGCUCGUCAUCGAGAAUCACUUGAGCUUCUCUGUGAAGAGCCUCCUGAGCCUGUUGUCCCCAACCGCCUUCAGUUAUGCAAGUCAAUACAUUGCUCGCUACGAGGCACAGGGCAUAGGUCUGCAGUGGGACAACAUGUAUAAGUCCCCCAUGAUUGGAGACAACACUUCCUUUGGCUGGAUGUGCUGGCUCAUUCUGAUAGACUCCUUCAUUUACUUCAUCCUGGGGUGGUAUAUAAGGAAUGUUUUCCCAGGUAGAUAUGGCAUGGCUGCUCCCUGGUAUUUCCCAUUGCUUCCAUCUUACUGGAUCGAAUACAACGGUUACCUCCCCUUCUGGAAUGAGAAACAGAGAGGCCUUCUCUUCUCCAAGCUGAUGCUAAGGAAAGAAGUCACCCUCAACAAUAAGAUAUGUGCCCCCCAGCCUCACAUGGAACCGGAGCCCACUGAUCUCCCCUUGGGAGUCUCUCUGCAUGGCAUAACCAAGGUUUAUGGAUCCAAAGCUGCAGUGGACAACCUCAGCCUCAACUUCUAUGAAGGGAAUAUCACUUCCCUGCUGGGUCACAAUGGAGCUGGGAAAACUACAACCAUAUCUAUUUUGACUGGAUUGUUCCCUACGUCGUCAGGUACUAUCUUUGUGUGUGGCAAAGACAUCAGGACUGACCAGGAGGUCAUCAGGAAGAACAUGGGGGUGUGUAUGCAGCACAACGUGCUCUUUAACUACCUCACCACGAAGGAACACCUGCUGCUCUACGGGUACAUCAAAGUCCCUCACUGGAGUAAAGAGGAGCUCUACCAAGAAGUGAAGAGGACCUUGAAGGAGACUGGGCUGUACAGCCACCGUCACAAGCUGGCUGGCACUCUGUCCGGGGGGAUGAAGAGGAAGUUAUCCAUAGCCAUUGCUCUCCUGGGUGGAUCAAGGGUGGUGAUACUUGAUGAACCAACCACAGGGGUUGAUCCAUGCUCCCGGAGGAGUAUUUGGGAAAUUAUCUCCAAGAACAAAAAAGGCAGAACCAUCAUUCUCUCAACACAUCACUUGGAUGAAGCCGAAGUUCUAAGCGACCGAAUCGCCUUCCUAGAGCAUGGAGGGCUUAAAUGCUGUGGUUCACCUUUCUACCUCAAGGAAACCUUUGGUGAUGGAUACCAUCUGACACUCACCAAAAAGAAGAACAUGAUAGAGGAGUGUGACACCUCAGCAGUGACCUCCUUGAUCCAGUCCCAUCUUCCAGAGGCUUAUCUCAAGGAGGAUAUUGGUGGAGAGCUCGUGUAUGUGCUUCCCCCCUUCAAGUCCACGGUCUCAGGGGCCUACCAGGCACUUCUCAGAGCCCUGGACAGCAGCUUGAAUGAUCUGCACCUUGGCUGCUACGGGAUUUCAAACACGACUGUGGAAGAGGUGUUUCUCAAUCUGACAAAAGAGCUGGUAAAGGACCAGCAAGAAUAUGCUGCACUGCCCCACCAGCUGCCUGGAGCCAAUGGUCACAGUGGCAGUGACGGAAUGUCUGUGAGCACAGACACCUUCACAGACAGAGACGAUCAGCUCCUGAUCAGAUCCAAAAGCCUGCAGGGUUUGCCACUGCUGCUGAAGAAGACUUCAGCUUUGUUCAUCAAGAGAUUCCACCACACCCGGCGGGAUGUCAGAGGCUUCAUCGCUCAGGUCAUCCUCCCAGUCCUCUUCGUGAUGGCUGCCAUGGGACUUGGGACCCUGAGAACCAAGGAGACUGAAUAUCCCGAGCUCCUGCUGUCCCCCUCUCUGUAUGGCACAUCUGACCAGGCAGACUUCUUUGGGAAUUUUAAUGAGACCACAAGUGCUUUAGUUGCUUCGAUGCUUGCUUUCCCUGGAACGGAUAACACGUGCAUGAACGAAAGCAAUUCGCAGUGUUUGACAGAGGACAUGCUUGGCCAGUGGAUUACCAGUGGAGACCAGGGAACUAAGUAUUCUGCCUGCAAAUGCACAAAUGGCAUCCAGACAUGUCCACAGAUGAACUACACUCCCCCUCACAGAAGGACCUUCUCCACACGGACACUUUACAACCUUACAGGGCACAAUGUGGAGACCUAUAUCCUGGCAACCACCAAAGACUUCCUGCAGAAACGGUAUGGUGGCUGGAGCUUUGGGCUGCCUUUGACAUCAGAUCUCCAGUUUGAUAUCAAGCCAGUGCCCCCCAACAGAACACUGACCAAGGUGUGGUACAAUCCUGAAGGUUAUCACAGCCUCCCAGCCUAUCUCAACAGCUUGAACAACUUCAUUCUUCGAGCUAACUUGCCAAAAAAUGAGACAUCCAAAUAUGGUAUUUUCUUAUCAGCUCACCCAUAUCCUGGAGGACAGAGUCAAGAGCAAGUAAUGCUCAACAGUUUACUCGACAUCAUAGUGUCCAUGUCUGUUCUGGUUGGCUACUCUAUCACGACAGCCAGCUUUGUGCUCUACAUGGUCAAAGAGCAUCAAACCAAAGCCAAACAACUGCAGCAUAUUUCAGGCAUUGGGUUGACAACCUACUGGGUGACUAACUUCGUUUAUGAUCUGGUACUUUUUAUGGUCCCUAUUGGACUCUCAGUAGGAGUUAUUUCAGCCUUCCAGAUCCCAGCUUUCUGCAACAACAGUAACUUACUGGCAGUAUUUCUUCUGCUGUUACUGUUUGGGUACGCAUCGUUUUCAUGGAUGUACCUGCUGGCUGGGUUCUUCAAGGAAACAGGGAUGGCCUUCAUCGUGUAUGUCUGUGUCAACUUGUUCUUCGGCAUCAAUACCAUUAUCACGCACUCGGUUGUAUUUCUGCUCUCCCAGGAAAAGGCCACGGACCAGGGCUUGCGUGAUCUUGCUGAAAAUUUAAGGCAUGCAUUCCUUCUGUUCCCACAAUUUUGCUUUGGCUAUGGCUUGAUUGAACUGUCGCAGGAUCAGGCACUGCUGGGCUUCUUAAAAGCCUAUGGAGUGGAUUACCCUGACAAAACCUUUGAGCUGGACAAGACCACAUCCAAGCUGUUUGCCAUGUUUAUCCAGGGCACCGUGUUUUUUGCCAUUCGCCUUACAGUUCACGACAGGAUGAUUCAGAGAGUCUGGAGCAACAUACUGGAGUUCCUGUUCGACAGAGUGCACGGCAAAGCGUCACUCCUGCCCCCUGUGGAGGAGGACGGGGACGUCCAGGCGGAGAGGAGCCGGGUGGAGGCUGGCAAGGCUGACUUCGACGUGGUGCAGCUCCAGAACCUCACAAAGAUCUACCACCUUCCUCACAAACGCAUCGUGGCUGUGAAAAACAUCAGCCUCGGGAUUCCCGCUGGAGAGUGCUUUGGCUUGCUUGGUGUGAACGGAGCUGGAAAGACGACGAUCUUCAAGAUGCUGACGGGUGAUAUCGGAGCAUCCAGCGGAAGGUUGCGGGUCCAGGAUCAUUCUGGGUCCUUGAAUGACAUUAGUGAGGCACACUGGUCACUCUUUGGCUACUGUCCUCAAGAAGAUGCCUUGGAUGACUUGCUGACGGUGGAAGAGCACAUGUAUUACUAUGCCAGGCUGCACGGCAUCCCAGAGAGGGACAUCAAGGGAGUUGUGCUGCAGCUUCUCCACCGGCUGAAUCUGAUGGCCUACAAGGACAGAGUCACCUCCAUGUGCAGUUAUGGCACCAACAGAAAGUUGUCAACUGCUCUGGCUCUCAUUGGGAAUCCAUCGAUCCUGCUGCUGGAUGAACCGAGCUCUGGAAUGGAUCCGAAUGCUAAACGCCACCUUUGGAAAAUCAUCAGUGAGGAAGUGCAGAACAAGUGUUCGGUGAUACUCACAUCCCACAGCAUGGAAGAGUGUGAAGCCCUCUGUACCAGGCUGGCUAUCAUGGUGAAUGGGAGUUUCCAGUGCAUUGGCUCUUUGCAGCACAUCAAGAGCAGGUUUGGAAGAGGAUUCACUGUGAAGAUGCACUUAAACAGCAACACAGUUUGCACUGAGAUGCUGACAGAGUUCAUGAAGUCACACUUUCCAAACACGUGCCUGAAGGAUCGGCAUUUCAACAUGGUGGAGUAUCACGUUCCAGUCUCUGCAGGAGGCGUAGCAAAUAUAUUUGAUCUCCUGGAAGGCAGCAAAGCAGCCUUCAAUAUCAGGCACUUCUCUGUGAGCCAGACGACGUUAGAGGAGGUUUUCAUCAACUUUGCUAAAGAUCAAGAGGAUCCUGAUGGCGCAGACACGGGUCCUGAUGUGACAGUGGACAGCUCUGACACAAGUAGCCAAGCGAGCACCAUAAGCUCCAUCUAUUGAGGGGACCCAACCACACAGGAUCAUAAAACCUGGGAAAAGACCUGGCAGCCCCUCAGGGUUCUUCUAACCCUGUUUUCUGUGAUUCUGGGAUGGUGGGGGUGAAACAGUCCCAUUUUCUUAAAGUACUUUCUUUUUUUUAUGCACUUAAUUUGUAACUAGGAACAUGGUAGGCAUUUGAGACUGGCACUUGGUUACAAAUCAGAUUGGUCUUUCCACAGGUUCUUUUCCCCCCAGUUCUUGUUUUGUGAUCACUGUAAUGCCUGUGAGGACUUAGAUGACAUCACCCACUGCUCGUGGCUGUUUGCUUACAGCAGAAAUGGCUGUGAUGGAGCAGAGGAGCUGUUGGCAGUGCAGGGUGUUUGACCAAAGAGCAGCCCCCAGCUGCAGAGGAAAGCCCACACUCCGCUCCUUGCUCAGCAACAGACUUCCAGGGUGACCAUGCCAAAGUCCCUCAGGUUUGACAGGUUCCCUGCUGGUGAGAAGGGGCUUGUGGCCUUGCCCUGCCUGCCAGGGGAGCUGUGAGGACAUAGGUGUUGUGUACUGAGAGCUGCAAAUGCCAUUGAUGGGGGCCAUCUUUGGUAAUGACAUAGAGCUUAUCUGUAUGUGUGGGUUACGUCAGCACAAAUACAGCUAUUUUAAAAUUCAGUGCUUCCAGUGGUUUUCGUUUAUUCCUGUAGUUUAUUCCAGCUCUGUGUAACUCCUCAAGUAACUCCUCUGGUGCCAGGCAGUUCCUAGCUCUUGGUACCCAGUGGAAGUUCAUUCCCCCACGAGCCCUUUUCUCCUUUGGGCUGGUGUUCAGGGCUGCUCUGCCACAGCUGAGGAAUGGCACAGGGCAGGUGUCUUGGAACUCUUCUCUGACAUGAAGGAGUUUGCUUUCCAAGACUGUGUUUCCCUGAGCACACUAAAGGCAGCAAGCACUUCCCUAUUUCAGAAAACCUCCAUCUCCCAGCAGCUCUGCCUUUCUGUGUCCUCUCCAGUGACCUUCUUCCUCAACCCUACGUGGUGGCUGCCCCCAUGACUCCAGAGCUGUGUUUUCCCACAUAAUAAGGCAUCAUUAGCUUCUGCUUCAAAGGCUCUGCCUGCUGGCUUUCAAUGAAUCCUCUGCCUCCCUAUGAGCAGCAGCCCCCAGCAGCUGAGUUCAGCACACCAGCACGCACAUCCUGCUUCCUCCCCCCCAGAAUCAUUAAUAGAUGGAGUAGUUGAAUAUGAUUCUUUAUUAUAUGUAUCAGCAUAAGGCCUCAAAGACUCGGGUUUGGGUCAGGGCAUUGGUGUACGUGGUGCUAUUCAGGCACAUAAUGAACUUAAACUCUGAGCUCAAUAAACUUGCUGUUGCUCAUGAAAGAGAUUGCAGAUAAAGCCUUACCUUGUGAGACCUGGGGUGGCCCAUACAACUUACCUGGGUUCACCCACACAAUUCCAGCCAGGUGUUUUCUCUUUCCUUUUUAUUUUUCCCCCAAAACUAAUUUGAGCCGAAGGAACCUUUGAUGAAAGCUGCAAUGGCACAUCUUUCUCACUCUGAUCAUCAGAGCAGUUUGACUAGUUCAGCUCCUAUUGAUGCCUUUUGAAGGAAUAGAUACUUUCAGUAUCAAGGGAUUCAAGAUUUUACAGUGGGAUACUGAUGUUCAGGGUUUAGUUGCUGCAAGG